CAGGAUGGAUGUGGUGGCCUUGCAACCUUUGUGGUUACAUCGACCAACAUCUUGACCCACAAGCUGGUGUUGCCAGGCAACCUCAGUGUGUUUACUUGCAUUCAUUCUUCUGAAGGUUACCUGCAACAUCUUAAUGAUUCUGAGGCCUUCAGUGUUGUCUACUGCUAGGUGAAGCUAACAACCUGCAGGUCUGAUUAUGGCCUGAGUAUGUCGAUGUUAGAAAUUGUAAUGUAUACGUGUUUUAAGACUAUUAGGACGUGGGAUUAGUGUGAUGCUACUUGGUGUGUGUAUAUAUGGAGAAAACAACGCUUCAUUACCUUACUAAGUCACACUACUGUACACUUGUACUGUCAACAGGGUGAGUAUCUGUGUCAUGCAGAGAAGUGAAUUUGUUAAGUUAAACUAUGUUAGUGCGGUGAUGUUUAGCGCGUGCUGGCAGUGUGCAAGUCGAGGAGAGAAGUGUGAACAUCACUCAUGACGCCCAAUUUGGAGGAGGUCACACACUGCAGCGACGCCAGCACCUCCGGGGAAGUAGUACCUACCCAACAAACUGACUUACAGAGUCCUAGUUCUUCUCCGGGCCCCAGAUAUGUGGCCCAGGAAGCCCAGACAGGGCCCCAGGCGGCAGUGUGGUGGUGACGGAUCUAGAGGAUGAGGGAGCCACCACUAUCAUGGGUGAAGGUGGUGGCCUUCUGGCUGGAUCAGGUGGCCACCACCAACACGGGUGCCUGUGGCCACAGGAGUCUGUGGCCACACAUAGCAGGGUGUCAGCACGUGAGGCCGCCUCAACACACAGUCUUGAUGACGAAGAUGACAAUGAGCAGAGCUGGUGGACGGAGAGUGGUCCCGUGGCCACGGUGAAGUUGGUGUUGGAGACGGGCGUGGGGGUGAUCACAAGGGCGUGGCCGCUACUCCAGCCCGCCCACGCCCUCAAGAACCACCUCAGUAACACCACCCAGGUUCCCGCCCAGUUUCUGCAGCUGGUGGUUCACGGGCGUGUGUUGAGUGACGACGCCACUCUUAGCAGUGUGGGCGUCGAGGCCAACGAGACGGUGCAGGUGGGUGUCUCCUCUAAACGCCCACACAGUCAUCCACUGACCCUGUUGGCACCCACCACGCCCACACUGCCCACACCAGACGUCAUCACUGUCAUCGUCGCAGAAGGUGGAGGUGUGGAGAGGGAGGUGGUAGUGGAGGUGGAGUGGGGGGCAGGACCCAAGCCGUGGCUGGGGGGCUACAGACACAAACUCUCAGGAAUACUCUACCACAACGCUGCUACCCAGACUAUACCCAGAGUUAGGACAAUACCAGGGCAGGUGACCAGGGGCACCCAAACAGUGUGGGCAUGCGGGCGUGGGUGUCAGACCCUCCGCACUGCCUACACCCAGACCACACACCUCCAUCCUCUGGUGUACAUAUCCACGCCCGUGUUCAUCACGCCCAGACCCUACUCCCCUACUCGUCGCUAUGAUAUCGCAAAGGUGUUGGUUCUACAACGGAUGCUGCGAGGGUGGCUUGCUCGCAAACAACUGCGCAGACUACGUCAGAUUAGAGAGACUGAGCUACAAGCAGCAGAAGCAAGUGAAAGAAGAAGCGUGGCGAGCGUAGAGUCUGACACAUCCAGCAGCCCCACCCCACACCAGGCGUGGCGGCAGGCAGUACCCAUGACAGAGUUAUACUCACGUCUGGAGAACUGGCGCAGGAAUCAAGUGUCUCAAGUGAACGCCACACUGAGGGGCAAGGAUCGUAGACGAGCACUGGUCGCUCUCCUCGAGAAGGAAACUGAGUUACUCAGGUCACUUGAGGCUCACAGAGCUGCCCGCUCUGCUAGGCGGAGGAACGCUGACAUAGCCAGGUUUUUGCAAGAGGUGUCCAGUGCUCAGGUGUGGAGGGUUAGUGGCGUUGCUGGAGGAGUGGAGGUGGAGACUCCAGACACACAGCCUAUUAGAGUCCUGGCAGCCCUUGCUACAGCUCUCCAACAAGACGCUACAGCAGAACUUCGCACCCAACAGUUCAACAACUUAUACGAAAUAGUAGAGCAGUACUGCCCCACCCAUGAUGAUGGACCAAGAACCCGUCGCACGGCAGCGGAUAUAAGAAGUUUGGCUCGUCGAGGAGUGGACCUGCUGGCCCGCGGUACUUCUGACAGCAGGUUAAGGGGUCUCCGUAAGCGCCUCCACAGCCUAAUAAUCACCUACCUUCACCAGGUUCAGGGUCGUGUGUCUUCUAUUGUGGCACCCCGUUCUAUCCGUGCUGCUGGUGCCAAGCCUGUCUUACUCACUACCAGGAUGACCUGAAUUCCCUAUCAGAGCAGCUUGAUCUCCCUAUCAGGGCAACUUGAUCUCCCUAUCACCACAACCUAAUCUCCCUAUCAGGGCAACCUGAUCUCCCAGUCAAGGCAACAUGACUUUGCUGUAGGUGCCAAUCUCAGCAUUUUAAUCAGGAUGACCUGGCCUCAGUACUAGGAUCACCUGGCCUCUUCCAGGAUGAGCUGACCUCAUCUGAGCAGGAUUAACACGUUCACUUACUUCAAGAUUUCCCACUUCUUAUGCAAACAACAGCCGCCUGGCUCGAUCCCAUAUGAUUUUGUUUACACAUUCAGAUUACUAUGCAACUGACAGUUUAGUCAACUAUUAACUCCUCUGUACACAAAUAACCCGCACAUAGAAGAGAGGAGCUUACGACGGCGUUUCGGUCCGACUUGGACCAUUUACAAAGUUCCAGUCACGAUAUUGUGGCUUUUAUUGUUAUUUAUUAUCUCCUCUGCCCCAAAUACGAUUCUUGUGGGCGGUGUCAUAGAAUUAUGGAGUCACAUAAUGGGUCCAGGAAUUGGGCCCCAAUGUACAAAGUAAUGAACUAUUUACAAAUUUAUUAGCUUCAGGAAAGAUAGUAAUGACUUUAAACAGUCAUGAAUUCAGUCACAAAAACAUUGCAAUAGAGUGAUAUGUGGUUAUGAGUUAUUUAAAAAUAGGCAAAGAAUAGUUUUUUUCCAGAAUUGCUGAUAAUAUGUUACUGGGUAAAUUAAUUCGACAUUUCUUGAACAUUUGUGAAUUGUAAUUGAAUUCACAAAUUUUAUCGUAGUCCAAUAUAUAAUGACGCGGGAUGAGAUAAGUAUCGCACAUGUGUUGUAUACUGUGGUAAGUUUAGGCUUACAUCAGCUUGUGCCUUGAGCUUAGCUGAAGCUGGGCAUUGGUGACAUCAAGUGUUAAUUUUGUUGGAUGCACCAUAGACUUGUGACUCCUCUUGCAUGAUAGAUGGUUAUUGAGGAAACAUUUCCUCAAUGAAGAUUCCCGUAUGUUGCACGAAACGUUUCCUCAAUAAAGAUUCCCAUGAUAGAAUGGUGACAGAUGGAUUGACUGGUACCACUCUCCCUCUGUCUCAAGUCACAGUUGAAGUUCUUUUCGUAUUACUGUCCUCAAACUACCAGAUGGCGGACAAAAUUUUAAUCUCCCUCCGUGAAGGCAUACGCUGUUGCCAAUUCAAAAGUUCUGUCAUGCAUUUGAAGGCAGUACUAGAGGGAAUCCACAAAAGUGUACUCUGAUUCCAGUCUAAAAUUCUUUCAAACCUGUCUGGCUCCUGGCACAAGCAUGCCACAAUUAACACUCAUGGAGUUGAAAACAUAUAUGGAUGAUAAUCACAUACAAUUAAAUGUCAACUUUAAAUGUAUGGACAUAAAUAUGAGUGUAAGAAGUAUACCAAACAGUUCAGUUGAUGCAUUCUCCAGUGUCUACACUAAAUCCAUCGUUCUACAUAACACUGGUACUUCCAGUUGCACUAAUUAGAGGGUUGGUGAACACACCCUUCAGCAUAUGAAUAUAUUAGUUGUACCUAGACAGCUAUGACCAGCUUUCUUUAAAGGGGGUGGGAAGGGUGCCUUUAUUAUGGCAAAGGGUUCUUGUUCCAAGGUAUUGGAGCUACCGUACCCUUCCUCGAAUUAAGCUUGACUAUCUGUGAUUCCCCAGGCACUAUAUGACCUAUAUGGGUUCCAAAAACAGGUAAUUCUGCUAAAAGAAAGAUCCUUUUUCUAGCAUUUAAACUAUUUUAAGACUUCUGGAUUGAUCUCAUGUACAAAAUAAUUACUAAAAUGUAUAUAUUUAUCAACUAUGUUUCUGAUAUUAAAUCUACCUCUGGAGUCUACUCAAAACAAUGAGAUUUAUUUUAUACUAGAAUUAGCAGAUUAAGAA